CGAAUUGCGCUUCUCUAUAUGCUACAGUUAAUGCUGGAAACGUGUUCUUUUAUCGUUCCUGUGUUAACCCUACCUAACGGGAAAUUAAAAUGCCGCCAAAACGAGGAAAGGUACAGAAGGAAGAGGUUCAAGUUUCUCUUGGACCGCAACUUCGUGAAGGAGAGGUAGUUUUUGGAGUGGCUCAUAUCUUUGCUAGCUUCAAUGAUACAUUUGUACAUGUAACUGAUUUAUCGGGCAGGGAAACAAUCGCCAGAGUUACUGGUGGUAUGAAGGUGAAAGCAGAUCGUGAUGAAGCUUCCCCUUAUGCUGCUAUGCUUGCAGCUCAGGAUGUUGCAGAGAAGUGUAAAUCACUAGGUAUCACAGCGCUGCACAUCAAACUAAGAGCUACAGGAGGUAAUAAGACUAAGACUCCAGGUCCUGGUGCACAAUCUGCUUUGCGUGCUUUAGCCCGUUCAAGCAUGAAAAUUGGACGUAUCGAAGAUGUCACUCCUAUUCCUUCAGAUUCUACCCGUAGGAAAGGUGGUCGCCGCGGACGCAGACUUUAGGUCAUUAUGGCUUUAUAUAUUUCUUUUAUCUUUCAAUAAAUAUAAAAAAAAUAUAUAAUA